UAUACAAUAUUGCAACACUCGCUUCUGCUACUGCACAAGGCGAGCGGACCCGGGGUGGCGAGAGCUGCGAGCGCCCGUGGAAUUCGGAGGAGCAGAGAGGCUCGAGAGCAAAAACCCUGCGUGGGUUUGUCCUUCGGCGUCAGGAAAUGGUGAAGGCGGAGUAGGCAAAACCUUUACAGAGCGCCGUCUUCGCGGGCAUCCAACCCUCUCCGAGAGCUUGUACCGGAGAGCGGCGCAGCAGCAGGACAGGCAGGGUCCGCUCUGCAAGGCAGACGCGGCGUGCAGCGAGAGUGCUCCCCCUCCAGGACUCACCCCCCAACAGGGCUCGGGUGCAUAUGGUGUGUGGCCGCGGAGGUGCUCCGAGACCAGCGCCAAGAUGACAGAGGGCACCGACCCCGAGCGCGCUGCCGCCGCAGGCACCAGCACCGCGCUGCCCGCGGAGGGGCCGGCGAGGAAAGCGGAAGACCAGCCUCUCGACGAGGACGGGAGUCGGGAGAACGGGGGGAGCCGGGGGACCCCGCCGGGCAGCGCCGGCGGGGCGGACGGGGCCGCCGAGCCGGAGUUCGUGCACCCCGAGGGCGGAUGGGGCUGGGUCGUGAUGCUGGCGGCCAUGUGGUGUAACGGGUCGGUUUUCGGCAUCCAGAACUCCUUCGGCAUCCUGUUCGUCUCGCUGCUGGAGGAGUUCGGCACCGGGGCCGACUCCGGAGCCUGCACGCCGCCAUGCGUCUCCCAGGACGAGGACCUCAAGUUUAAGACAUCCUGGGUGGGCUCCCUGUCCAUGGGAAUGAUCUUCUUCUGCUCGCCGGUCGUCAGUAUUUUCACGGACCUGUUCGGCUGCCGGAUGACCGCAGUGGCUGGGGCCGCGGUCGGCCUGGUGGGGCUGUUCGCCAGCUCCUUCGUCAGCUCCCUGGGCCCGAUGUACUUCACGUACGGGAUCGUGUUCGCCUGCGGCUGCUCCUUCGCGUACCAGCCCUCCCUCGUCAUCCUCGGGCACUACUUCAAGAAGCGCCUGGGGCUGGUGAACGGCAUGGUGACGGCGGGCAGCAGCGUGUUCACCAUCGCCCUGCCCUUCCUGAUGUCCCAGCUGCUGCAGCGGCUCGGCCUGCACCACACCCUGCGCGUGCUCUGCGUCUUCAUGCUGCUGCUCCUGCUGGCCAGCCUCACCUACAAGCCCCUGCUGCCCCAGCCCGGGCGGAGCAAGUCCGGCGGGAGGUGUCCCCCCAUGAGCAAAGUCUUCAACGUCAAAAUCUGGAAGUCCCUCGGCUACCGGAUCUGGGCCUUCGGGAUCCCCGCUGCGCUUUACGGAUACUUCGUGCCUUACGUCCACUUGAUGAAGCAUGUGGAGGAAAAGUUUGGCAAAGACGCCAAUAAAGAGGUCCUGCUCAUGUGCAUUGGCAUCACGUCAGGAGUGGGCCGCCUGAUCUUUGGCAGGGUUGCUGACUACGUGCCUGGCGUCAAUAAAGUUUACCUUCAGGUUUCCUCGUUUGUGGUGAUCGGCUUGAUGUCCAUGAUGAUCCCCCUGUGUGACAUCUUCGGGGGCCUGAUCGCCGUCUGCCUGCUCAUGGGUCUCUUCGAUGGCUGCUUCAUCUGCAUAAUGGCUCCCAUCGCCUUCGAGCUGGUGGGCUCUCAGAACGUCUCCCAGGCCAUCGGCUUCCUCCUGGGCAUGAUGUCUGUCCCCAUGACUGUGGGACCCCCCAUUGCAGGCUUCCUCCGCGACCGGCUGGGCUCCUACGACGUGGCCUUCUACCUGGCGGGCAUCCCCCCGCUCAUCGGGGGCGCGGUGCUGUGCUUCAUCCCCUGGGCGGAGCGCAGGAAGAGGAGGCAGCAGCAGGAGGCGGCGGGAGACACGGCGGAGAAAAUGCUGGGCGCCAAGCCCAACGGCGCCUUCCCAGUCGAGGGCGCCGGGGGAGAGAAGACGGACCACGAGUCGGCCGUGUGAGACACGCACACGCCUGGACACACACAGAGACGCAUUGGAAUUAAGUGCUAAAUAUGUUUAUAAUAUGCAUAUAUAUACCUAUAUAUUUCUACAGAAGCCUAUAUAUAUACAAUAUCUUUUUAAAACUGCUUUGUAGGAAAACCUGGGGAAACUUUUGAAGGAAUGGUGCAUAUCCGUGAAACGCCACACAAGAGGAAUUGACAAUCUCUGUAAUGUUCUCGUUAAAAGUAUCCGUUGCAGUGUCCUUUUGGUUCAGCAUGCUCCCGGCUCCGCAGGUUCGGCGCGCGUAGCCGAGGCCGGUGUCCUUUGACGAAACCAGCCUCUUUGAAGUGUUGCGGCUGAGGUCUGAACGAGGGAAUGCGUGCUUUUGGAAAAAAGGUGCUCAAUGCUCAAAGCUUCAAGCAGCUAACCGCCUGUGGAAGAAGCCACGGGCUUAGGAACAGCAGAGGUGGAUUUGGAAAAUUUUAAGAAAUAGUGCAUUUGUUUUUCGAAAGUGCGAGUCUCGUUUCUGCUGCUCGCAGUCAAGAACCAAAUAUUACACAAAACACUUUGAUGCGACCAAAGACAUGAUACUUGUUUGUACCUAGCUGUAAGUGAUGCUGACCUGGAAUUCUUUGAAUGUAAGCGUACAAGUGGGCAGCAGAAAGUGACAUCAUUUCGACAGUGUCGUUAUUUCAAAACUGCCAGAAAGCACUUAGUACCAUUCACGCGUACACUAAGAGAAACAUCCCAAUGGUCGUUGUGACUGCUCUCCUCUUUUGAGCCACUUCCUCAUCUGCCUUUCAUUCCAAAUCACUUAUUGUAUGACGUGAUCUCCUGAGGUGUCGAAAUCACCACUAUUUUCAAGGCGUUUGCACAUUAUGUAAGUUAUCUGGAAACUCGUCUUAAGCGGCAUUUCAGGACCAAGAGUAUGGUGACUUCAACGUCUGCUAGUGGGAAUAAUUUUUAAAAAGUCCUUGCAGAAGGAAUGAAGAUGUUUUUCGCUUAAUUUGAGCACUUGAUUUUCGCCAUCCGUCCUUCUUUAGUAAUGUCAGGUCUUAUCGCUAGACCCAUUUCCUUCUUGCCAUGCAGCAGGAGCGUGUAGGAGCACAGCGUAAAAAAGCACACCAGGGGGAGAGGGAUCUGGAGAAUUAUUUUUAUAAUAGAAUGAAAAACAGUUUUGUCUGAGAAGGUGCUGGGACACCUUAUACACCAUAUAAGAGAUCUUAAGCACAAGAAUUCCAGCCGGUCAACAUACGCUGCAUGGGCCACUUUAAGUGCUGUUAAAUGCAAAGAUGGACACCAGAUCCAAGAACUCAGUCUUCUUCAUACUUGUCGGAUUGUUUGCUGCUUGAUGCUUUUCAUAAACUGCUUCUGAGGGCAGAUUUACAAGGGAGAGGCGUUAGAAUCUAUAUCGUAACAACCGGUGACUGAGAGUCGUGCUGAGUGUUAAAUAAUUACUGCGAAGAAAAUCUUGUAUAUAUUUCUCUGCAGUAGGCCGACGUUCAGUCUGCUUUUCUAUGCAAUGUAAAUGCAAGUUGGCUCUGUGAUUACAGUUGAUCACCUUACAAAAGCUGUAAUCAAUCGAGGUUGUACAACAGAAUAUGCUUAGCAAGCAUGUCUUACAAUCAGUUCCAGUAAUCGUUGUACACAGAGGAUCAAUACAGGCACUGUAUUAUAAGCAAUAGUUCUGUAAACACGGCACUGAGAUAAAAACACUGAGAACUCGACUGCCGACUACUGCUGGGGAAAAAAGGUUGUUUUGUAUUGGGUUUAAUAUUAACACACAUUUGCACAAGCCUCGGCUGUUCCUAUAAAGGAAGUCAUCUUUGUACUACAAAUUCUGAAGAAAGAACCACCCCUAAAAAUCUUCAAAAUUACAUUUGUGUUUUUUUUUCUUUAUUGGUUUGUAAACACAAAGAUUUAUUGAAAAGCAGUUGAUCCUGGUCCAAUUUAAGAACAGCCUCACUUAUUUACAUAAUUUCAGUUACUUAGCAAAUUAAUGUUGUAUAAUCCUAUAACCAUGUCUGUCAUGUGUGGUUGUUGGCCAGAUUAUUUCUUUGUGGGGCAUUUCAGUUCAGUGCAUGUAUCCAUGGUCCGAGCACACUGUCCUCUACUUUUAGGUCUUACCAUCGUCAUGGAAAUUGGCUAAGGGACAACUUUUAACAUGUACAGUAAUUGAAAAUGUGUGUUCUGAAAUACUUCCUUAGUGAAGAAAGUAUUUUUAACACACCAAGUUGUAUCGACUUUUUCUUUAUUCUUUUUGAUGAGCAUUUAUAUGCUCUUAAAAGCAGAAGGCAAGCAUUACUGAAAUUGACCCGAACAAAACAUUGGGGAGUGCUAAACUGAUCGUUAACUUCAAACCAGCCAAGCUGUUUUUUAACCAAUGACAUUUCAGAGGCAGCAUUUGCCGUUUGAUCCUAAAUGGAUCCCAUAAUCCUUCCUGAGACUGAGGCAAUAUGAAAUUGCUUAUUUUCUAUACUAGAAAUGCAUAAGGUUAGAACAUUGAAUUGCAGUACCUAUAUAAAUGUUAUCGUCUGAAAAAUGAUAAUAUGCAGUGAGUUUCGUGUGACGAAUUACCUUCAUGUGUUCAUUGCCUGAAAGAUCUUUUAGAAUGUACAUUUGAGACAUAUUUCUAGUGUCCAUCUUUGAAGUACUGUUAAAGAGAUAAAUGAAUCUACUUGUUUAAUGUAAAUGAAGUCAAUGUUCUGACAUCAGUUCUGUGAGAUUUUUUUGUGUAAACGUAACAAUCGAAAGGGAGUUUUUCUGUCCUCACAGACUAGACAAAAAUGAUUUGCUCAUUUCUGUUGUUUUUUUUUUACAUAGGAUUUUAAAAGGAAGUGAGAAGUAUGUGAUUUGUGAGUGGGUAAAACAAACAUAUACAAAAGUAAUUCAUCAUUUCAUUCUAAAAAUACAUACAAAAAAACGACAGCAUUCAUGUCUGUGCUGGCAAGUUACAGUCUUCAGGUACCUGAACUCUUGUCUGGCACUUGUCAACCACACAUGCACAAGAAAGUCAUAGAGUGCUGUCGCUUUUGAAGAAGUAAUAAUUCUCAGUGGAACCAUGUCAUGAUGGCUGAAGGCCUGCAAAUCAAACACUGCCACAGAAAUGAAUUCUUGAGUUUUCUCUGCUGGAGAGCCCUCAAUCCUCAAUACUGCCUUGGGCUGAGGCAUUACAAUCUUGAGGAUUGUAACCUCGAGUCCUAAAUUAUGCAUGCAAAACAACUGAUUCCUAAUUUAUGUGAAUGUGUGUGAUCACAGCUCAUUUUCUCAUCUGUUAAAACUUUACUUGCGUAACGAAAACGUAUUCUUAACCUCACAUUGUUAAUGCUGCUGUCGUUUACAGUUGUUUUGUUUUCGUGACAGAGUUCUCAUUACCUCACUUAACGCGCAAUUCUGUUUAUACUUUCAAUUCAAGGUCGUGUCAUUUCCAGGGAGCUCCCUGACAGUCCUUCAGGAACUGAAGGGAUUGUACUGGAAAGAAACUGCCAUUUCUUUAAAAUAAAGGAUGUCCCAAGAAUUCUGAAGUGCAAACACACUUGUGAAAGAGUGUUUUAUACCACAGGUGGACCGCUUGAAAGAAUGCGAAUUGUCAUGAUUUAAAAAUAGUUCAAACAGAAUCCUCGAAGGCAUCCUGGGUGUCACUGGAAAGUAUUGUACUAAAUUUAUCUUACAGAGCUCUGCGAUACACUGAGAUGCCAAGAGAUCAGUUUCUUUGCCUUUCCAUGUGGAAAUAACUACAGCCAAGCCAACCCAAAGAGGUGGGGUGACAUUUUCACCUCGCCCAUAGACCUAUAAUGCGUAUGUCUUAAUUGUGCUGUUUUCUGAACAGAAGAGUGUGUUUACACCUAUAUUAUUUAAAGAUGUGGCUAAAUACCUAAUUAGUCAGCAUGUUGUUGACAAACAAUAUAGGAUAUUUUAAUUUUUACAUUGAGUCCUUUUUCAUUUUUCCAUUAAUGCAACCGGAAUAAACUCCAUUUGCAUUUAUCACAACUGUGCAGAAGUAAAUGUCUAAACCAGGCGUCCUGUUAAGCAUGCUUUUGUGUUAAAAAAGGUGUACAAAAACUGGAAAAAUGAAUCUAUAUCAGAGUGUUAUUAUUGCCUUUCAUGCUUUAUUUCAAGUAGUUGCGCUAGUUUGCUGUGUCUGCCAUCAUUGCGUCCUGUGAUUUAACUAAGAGGAAGAAAGAUUAAGUAUUAGCUGCUUCCAUCUUUGAAGUGAUCUUGUGUUUAUUCUUUUUCUUUGUACUCUGUUCUCAAAACCUUAUUAUUGGUUAAGUAUGUAUGUUAAGAUUUUAUAGUGUUAAUUGUUUUAAUCAUUCACUUAAACCAUUGUAUUUUGGGGAGUUUUGUUCUGUGUUCCAUAAGUGCAUGUUUUACUAUUGAUUUAAAGAUAUGCAAUCUACCAAACAGACUGAAAAAUGUAUGAUGAGACCUUUUGAACGAAGUAAAGAUAUUUUUAACUUUU